GGUUGUCUGCUCUGUCCAGAUUUAAUUUUAAAUUUUUGUCACUAAGUUUAUGUACGUAUAUGUAUUUUUGCACUCUGUAAUUAUUAUUUUUUUAAGCAAAGAAAGUGUAUUAAUGAGAGUUCUGAGAAAUUGCUUCACGUGCAUGCGAGAUUAACCAAAGAUGUCUAAAAAAGAAAAAUCUUCCUUUAAUGAUAAAUUUAAGCAGAUGUUUGGGAGAAGAGAAACAACUCCUAUAAAUUAUGAAGGUAUAAAAAGAGAAACUCAUGUUCUUAGCAGUGAUGAUUUGAAGGAUCUUUGUUCUGAUAAUAAUUUAAAUCACAGACUGAAAUCCUUAAAAGAGUUGUAUGAAAUUGUGUUGACUAAACGACUAGAAAAGUAUGCCGUUGAAGCAAUUUGCUAUAACAUCAAAGAUUUAUUAGACCUUCAAAGUUCAUCUGAAACGAGACAAAUAGUGUUGCAGUUUUAUAGUGCUCUCAUAUGUGGCCAGAUGGAUCAGCUGGAUAUUGUGAGAUCUUAUUUGUAUCGCAUGAUUGUGAAUCAUAAUGUUGAGGAAGAUCUUUGUUCCAGGUUUGAUGUGUUGAAAGCUCUGACAGAUAAUGGGAAAUUCAUUAGCUAUUUUGAGGAAGAAAUUGGUGCUUUCCUUCUCUAUUGGUUUCCUAGCAUCUUAUCUACUGUAAAAGCUGCAGAGUUUUUAAAUUUAGUCACAAAUGUUAUAAAAUAUAAUGCUGCUUACAUAGAUGAUGAUAUAAUUUUAGGAUUUGUUCAAAAUAUUUUAACACACAGUGCUGAAACAAAAAAUGAAGAUGACAUUCAAGAAUGUCUCAAUAUUUUAGAUGCUCUAUUACUAUAUAGUCAUUUGCCACAAACAGUUUUGAAAACUUUCAUCUGUACUCUGUGCCUUACUGUAAAUAUUGAAAGGUUUUCUCAAUGUAGUUGGAAGCAAAUGAGGAAUCUCCUAGGUACUAAUGUUGGCCAUUCGUGUGUUUAUAUUCUCUGCUUCAUUCUCCAAGAAAAGUCUCAACCUGCUAAACUUGUCCGUGGUGCAGUUUUCUUUAUUGGCAUGUCUCUAUGGGGCACAAAUAGUGUUUCUUCUUUAAGACAUCCUCCAGAUGCAAUUUUGCCUUCCUUUCUUAAAGUGUUGGACGCUAGAAGUAGUAUUAUUGCAUAUGAAACUAUUUUAUGUCUGCAACGUUUAGUAGGACAGCAAAGUGAUGAAUUAAGAAGUAUUUCUUGGAAUAUAAUAUUUAAUAUUUUGUUGAAAGUCCUUGAGUAUCCACAGCUUCAGACUAAAACUCCACAGAUGUCCAGCUUAGGUAAAGCAGUUCAUGAAUUUAUCACUCUUGUUGAAGAGAAGUGUCCUGAGAUUUAUGCUGAUAAUCUGUACAGAAUUAUUGAGACAUGUACUGAUACUAGAAGUGAACAAUCUGUGAUUAGACUAAUACUGCAUAUUUCAGAGUCAAUAUCUCCAUUUAAGCCAAAUUUUAUAUCAUCUAUUAAUAAACUUCUGGACAGUUAUUUCAAAAAUGAAAAGCGCCAUAGUAUUCAGUUGAAGGUCCUCGAAAGAAUACAUGAAAUUCGUGAGAAAAAUCUUUACAUCUGGGAAGAUGAUGUGAUGGACCAAACUAUAUUUCAAAAUAUGGUUCAUGCUGAUUCCAUAGCUGAUGUAAAUGUUAGAAAAGCUGUUGUGUCCCUUCUAAUUGAAAUAGCAGAGUCCUGCACAAGUAGUUGGUUUGUAGAAGUGAUUAGUAUAAUUGAAAAGAUUAUGAAGAGGAUGUUUGAGGAUUUGAAGGAUGAAUCUAUCUCUUCUGGAAGUGAAGUAGAUGGUAAACCUUAUUCUGAUGUCACAGCUGCUGUAGAAGGGCUUAUUCGUGUUUUCAAGAAGCAACUGUUUAUGGUGCCUUCAAACCAUUGUUCUGAAAUUUUUACAGUAUUUAUCAAUCACAUUACAAUGCACUAUGAAAAAUUGUCUUACGUUGAUGAAGUGAUAAGGAUUAGAAAACUUAUUCUUGAAUUUUUGCUGCAUAUUAGGUCUAAUCGAAAAAAACAGAUUGGUGUUUUAGAAAAUGAAUCAGUUGAGUUCAGUGUUUAUGUACUUUGUGAUUCAGGUUCUGAAUCAAAUAUCAAAACAAAGACUGAACAAAAGGAUGCUGCUCCCUUAAGCCCUGCACCUAGUUCUCCUUCAUUAACACAAUCAAUCUUCUAUUUAAACUAUGAGCAAGCUUAUUUAGCUAUCAUAACUUCCUUGAAAGAAGAAAAAGAUUGGGGAAUCUUAGAAAUGGUCCUAACAGAGCUACCUAACUUUUUGAAAAAUAAAUCACUUGUUGUUCGUGGAAAUUGCAGUAUUUCUUCUUUGUGCUCAACUUUAUGUGUCAUGGUGAAUGAUCGAAACUAUGGUUUUCCUGAUUCUCUGAAAAAUACUCCACCAAAACUCAGCCGCACUGACAUUCACACACUCAUAUUUCCUAUUGUGUCCGCUCUUACUUCAUAUCAUGGUAAAAUGGAACCCCACAUGCAGAGGCUGCUCAUUAAAUGCCUUCAAACAGGCUUGGUAUCAAGAAGUGCAAAGAUCUGCAUGGAAGGGCUAACUUUGUGCACUUUGGAAAUGCAAAAUUCUAUGGUGAAGCUUCUACCUGAUGUGUUAUUGAAACUAUCCAAAAUUUCUGCUACUGUGACUGUGGCUGUGUCAGUUUUGGAAUUUUUAUCAUAUUUAAUUAGAUUGCCUAACCUCUAUAUCAGUUUUGUUGAAGAUCAAUAUAUGAGUAUUUUUGCUAUAGCACUUCCUUAUACCAAUCCUUUUAAAUUUAAUCAAUACAUAGUUGCUUUAUCUCAUCAUGUUAUAGCUAUGUGGUUUUUAAAAUGCCGUAUUCCAUUUAGAAAAGAUUUUGCCAAAUUUAUUACAAAGGGUUUAAGGAGCAACUUGAGUGUUCCCAGAGAAGAUAGCAGUCGCAGUGACAGCCAUCGAAGCAGUGGGGACCAAUCAUCGGGUCUUAGUGAAAUGUCAACUGAAGCUAUAAUAGCAUUACAUACUGAGCUUAUGGAAACUGGUCUGGAUCUUAUGGCCCGAUUUACAUUUGGUAUGGCGGCUAAUGUUCCUAAAAGAUCUCCUGUUGCGGAAUUUCUUUUGGAGAAUGGUCAGAAAUCUAGCUGGUUAAUUGGAAAUAAAAUUGUUACAGUAACAACCAGUGGCUGUGGUACCAAAUCUUUUAAACGUGGCUUGUGUGAGAGGUGCUACACAUCCUGCAGAGAAAUAUGCAAGAAUUUAGAAUCAGAUGACAGUGGUUCCAGCUAUACAGAGCAAGAUGUUAUGCCUCGCCCUCAAAGACCUAAAAAGGAAGAAUUUCAGAGUCAAAGGAAGCGUCAUAGAUCGGCUAUUCAAAGAAGCACAACUUUAACAGAAGCUGCCCUUCCUAGCAUACAUCAAGCGAAAGAUGAUAUACUUUUACACUAUCAAAAAGCUCAGGAUCCAAGUUUGCUAGAAAGGCACAGUGCUUCCUUUUUCCCCUCUAACAUAAAUAUUUUUGGAGACUCAUCAACUGAAGAAUCUGCCGAUAAUAAAGAUAAAGAGGAGAAAGGUCAUCACCUUUGUAGCUGUUGGUGUGCAACAUGGGCUGAAAUUCAUAUACGGCGGCCAACUGGCACUACCUCAUGGAUGAUGAAAAAUCAAAACCAUCUCAUUCUUCCAUCACCACAUCCAGAUAUUCCGUUAUCCGUCUUGUCUUCCUUAGUCUUGCCACAAAAAGAGGAAUUAGAACAAGAUAUAGAAGUACCCUCCUCUGAAACUGAAAGUGAAUCUUCAACUGUUGCUGAAUCUGAUUUCAAAGAAAAUGCCUGUGAUGGAGCUAUUGAUAUAACUGCCAAGAAGCCUGUUCCUCCAAUGAGACGCACAAACUCUAGUCCAGACAUGAAUACAGGCUGGUCAAAUUUUGAAUCCUAUAAGCAGGAAAAAGAGGACACUGUGUUUGAAGACUCUGUUGACUCAGUUGAAGAGAAAUUUCAGAGAACUAGAAUAAGUGAAUCUGCUGAGCGCUCACCUAGUAAGAAAGACAAAUCAAAUACUAGACGAAACUUAAAACUGAAUCUGAAGUCGGAAACUAAAGCUCAAAUUUCCUCUUCUGAAAGAAGAUUGCAGUUUGCCAAAGAAAAUAUUCAUUCUGCUCCUAUAGAAUUUCCACACAAAGAAGGUCAACAACAAGCAAACUCAUCUGGGUCAUUUAGAGAUCGUGGUCAUACAAUCUCAGUCAUGAGUCCUAGUCGUCCGAAUGGAUCUGGCAAUGCAGUCACACAGCCUGAUGUUAGUCGGCGAAGUGGAAUGAAUCCUAGCUUUGUUUUCUUACAACUGUUCCAUGAAAGCUUUUUUGGAGGAACAGACCAUAAACCACUACAUUUGUUGCAAACUGAGGCCAAUAACAGAGCAUUAAGUGUCUUAGAUCACAUACCUCCAUAUGAUACUCAUAAAAUUGGAGUUGUCUACGUUGGACCUGGCCAAGCAGAAGAUGAAGUAGCCAUAUUGAGUAAUGUAUAUGGCUCUUCAAGGUACGUUUCUUUUAUUGAAGGUCUAGGAGAUCUUGUCAUGCUUACAGAUACAGAUCCUCACACAACAUAUCUUGGAGGAUUAGAUACAAGGGGAGAAGAUGGUCAAUUUACAUAUGUCUGGCAUGAUGAUGUUAUGCAAGUGGUCUUUCACAUCGCUACUUUUAUGUUGAAUAAAGAAAGUGACAAAAAUAGAAAUGAAAAAAAGAAGCAUAUAGCAAAUGAUUGUGUUAUGAUAGCAUAUAAUGAAAGUGGAAAAGAUUUCAAUCUAUCUACAAUAAGAGGACAUGUAACAAAUGCCUGUGUGGUUGUUACGCCAGAAGAUUUUAAUAGCAACGUUGUCACGAUAAAGCACAAAACCAAAGAUUUGGUUGAUAUAUUUGGACAUACAGAAUCUUACAUUGUAUCUGAUGCUCGUCUCCCAGUUUUUGUGAGACAGAUGGCUUUACACGCAAAUCUUGCAUCACUAAUAAUUAGUAGGCGACAACAAUCCGUCAAAUAUACUCAUGUGUCCAAUUGGCUGGAAAGGUUAAGAACUAUUAAACGCUUACGUGCUAAAGUUUUGGAUGAAAUAAAAAAUAACGCUGAUAACUUAGGUUUUGAAACUUUUGAUGCUGGAGAUUUUGACGAUUUUACUGACUAUGUGUAACUAUACUUUUUAACUAUAGCGUGAGUUGUGUAUAGUAUUUUUUAAGCGCUACCUACCUGAAUUUAACAAUUAUUAAUGUAAAGAAGUUUCAUUGUUUUUAAAUGUUUGUCUGUAAUGUUUUAAGUUACAAUAAAUGAUAUUUUUGAUAUAAA